UCUCUCUCUAUCUAUAAAUUACAUGCCAUGCUAAUGGAGCUCUUCAACACAUUUGGUAGUCGUUUGGCUUUGGCAAAAGAUGGGUGUCAACUCUAACAGAGUAGAAGAUUUCUCUAGCCAGGAAACCACUCUCAGAAUCACCACUGAGUCAAUAGUGCCAGGCAUGGAAAUACACAAUGUUUGCUUACCGCCCAAAAAGACCACACUCCAAAAACUCAAGCAAAGGCUUGGAGAGAUCUUUUUCCCUGAUGAUCCUCUCUACAGAUUCAAGAACCAAACAUGGUGCAAGAAACUGCUUCUGGGUCUUCAAUUUUUGUUCCCCAUAUUUCAAUGGGGACCUGAGUAUAGUUUAAGACUCUUGAGGUCUGAUAUCAUCUCUGGUCUAACCAUUGCUAGCCUUGCAAUCCCACAGGGAAUCAGCUAUGCAAAACUUGCAAAUUUGCCACCCAUAGUGGGUCUAUAUUCAAGCUUUGUGCCCCCUUUGAUAUACUCUAUCCUUGGGAGUUCUAGACACCUUGGUGUUGGUCCAGUCUCUAUAGCAUCAUUAGUCAUGGGAUCCAUGCUAAGUGAAACAGUUUCUCCUCAUGAUGAGCCAAUUCUUUAUCUGAAAUUGGCUUUUACUGCAACCUUCUUCGCUGGUUUAUUUCAGGCUUCUCUAGGAUUUCUAAGGUUAGGCUUUGUUAUUGACUUUCUCUCAAAGGCAACUCUUGUCGGAUUUAUGGCUGGUGCAGCUGUGAUAGUAUCACUGCAACAGUUAAAGGGAUUGCUUGGAAUUGUUCACUUCACCACCAAGAUGCAAUUUAUUCCUGUAAUUUCCUCUGUUUUCAACCACAGAGAUGAGUGGUCCUGGCAAACAAUUGUUGUGGGCGUCAGCUUCCUGGUGUUUCUAUUGACAUCAAGGCAUAUUAGCAUGAAGAGACCGAAGCUAUUUUGGGUGUCAGCAGCAGCACCAUUAACGUCAGUGAUUCUCUCAACAAUUUUGGUGCUCUGCUUCAAAUUGAAGACUCACAAAAUCUCAAUUAUUGGCUACUUGCCAAAGGGUUUGAAUCCACCUUCAGCUAACAUGCUGUCUUUUAGUGGCCCUGAUCUGGCACUUGCUAUCAAAACCGGCAUUGUAACUGGAAUUCUAUCUCUCACUGAAGGAAUAGCUGUGGGAAGGACAUUUGCAGCUUUGAAAAAUUACCAGGUGGAUGGUAACAAAGAAAUGAUGGCUAUUGGUCUCAUGAACAUGGCGGGCUCUUGUUCUUUAUGCUAUGUAACUACAGGAUCAUUUUCUCGAUCCGCAGUAAACUACAAUGCGGGAGCACAGACAGCAGUUUCAAACAUCAUAAUGGCUACAGCUGUGCUAGUGACUCUGUUGUUUCUCAUGCCACUGUUUUAUUACACUCCCAAUGUUAUCUUGGGAGCCAUCAUCGUAACAGCUGUGAUUGGUCUAAUAGAUUACCAGGCUGCGUAUCGUCUGUGGAAAGUAGACAAACUUGACUUCUUGGCUUGUAUGUGCUCCUUCUUUGGCGUUCUUUUCAUUUCAGUGCCUUCGGGUCUUGGAAUAGCAGUUGGAGUUUCAGUCUUCAAGAUUCUCCUGCAUGUCACCCGGCCAAACACCUUAAUUAUGGGGAACAUAAGAGGAACAAAUGUAUAUCAAUGCCUCGGCAGAUACAAGGAAACUUCAAGGGUUCCUUCAUUUCUCAUACUUGCUAUUGAGUCACCCAUCUACUUUGCAAAUUCCACUUACCUCCAAGAAAGGAUAUUAAGGUGGAUUCGUGAGGAAGAAGAUUGGAUAAAAGCAAAUAAUGAGGGCACAUUAAAAUGCGUAAUCCUGGACAUGACCGCGGUGACGGCCAUAGACACAAGCGGCAUUGACUUGGUAUGUGAACUCAGGAAGAUGCUGGAGAAAAGAUCCUUUAAGCUUGUGUUGGCAAAUCCCGUCGGAAGCGUGAUGGAAAAGUUACAUCAGUCUAAAACACUCGACUCAUUUGGAUUGAAUGGUAUAUACCUUACAGUCGGAGAAGCCGUGGCUGAUAUUUCAGCGUUGUGGAAAUCUCAGCCGGAUUUUCUAGAGGACAACAAUGAGACAAGGGAAAGAAAUGGAGAUAUGACUAGCAUUCAGGCUUCUAUAUUUAAGGAAAAGCCCUACCAAGGAAAGGGCUUCUCCUCUGUUACGUUUUUCCUUUUCCCUUUGAAGGGAGUGUAUGGCCAUGAAAAUUUUGCUUCAUUUCAGUUAAAAUAGACGUGACCGUUAGAAAGAGAACUUGUUUUUCAUUAAAAUUUGAAUAAAUCUCCUCUCUGUUUCCCUUUUC